AUGGGUGGCAAGCGACACGGACGGAGUGGGCGAGGACAGAGCAAGCGUUCCAAGCGGUCGUAUGGGAAGCGAGGGCGGAAGCAGCGCUCGCCGCCAUCCAACGGCUCCCACCACACAAACGUCAACUCCCUUCCCGCAGAAUGGCGGGAAGAUGAUGCAGCAACCGACAGUGAAGCCAACGACUACGCUGUCCACGCCUCCGAUGUCUCCGAGAGCGAGAUGCUUGAGUGCGUGUCCAAGAUGAUGAUGUCCGUCAACGUCGACGGCACACAGGCAAAGGAGCUGGAGACGGUGGUGACGACGUUGCGGGACUUGUCAUCGCCGUCCGCUGUGCAGUCCACGCUCGCAGUCCCAGCCAUUCCAGCGACGGGCCUGUUUGGCCGCAGGCUGCGCACGGGCACCGUCGACCAGCUGACACAAGACUCUGGAGACGAGGCGGACGAGAGCGAGGGUGGCGAAUCAGACGACAAGAGCGACGGCAUGGACAUGGCGGACGCAGACACACUCCCACUUCACAUACAGCAGCACCAGCAGAGGCAGCAGCAGGAGGAGCUUGGUCAGCCCGCAUCAAUACAGCUUAUACAAAGCCCACAGCGACUCGGUGACCAGCAUCAACACCACCACCACCAGCAGCAGUUGUCGGGCAAUGCAGACGGAACAAAGGCGUAUUAUUACAACGGCAUGCUCAGCAGUGAGCCGUACUCCAGGGCCGGGGUGCAUCCGCGUCACGGGUCGCGGUCAUCGUCGCGUCAUCGUCCAAACUUUGACGCCGUCCUGUGCGCCUUUCAAGACUUUCUGCAAAUGGACCACUGCAAAGUGCUCGUCUUCCCGUCAAUGCCGCGCAGUCUCUGCCGUAAAAUCGACAACGUCGCAACGGCGUUUAAGCUCGAUGUGUGUGUUCGCGGCAAAGGAAAGCACCGCUCCCCCAUUGUGUCCAAGACUGGGUUUACGUCCUGUCCACCGCAGGCGACGUUGGAAGCGCUUGAGCUGGCGUGGGAGGUGGACGACAAGCCCUCUGCCUCUGCCCGGCACGCGCCAUCGUCAUCAUCCUCGUCGUCAUCGUCGUCGUUGUCGCUUCGUCGCAGCGGGCGGAUCACGGUGGCAGCAGCCUCAUCAUCGUCCAUUUUGGGGCCGGCAGCAGCAAUGCGGGGAGCAGCAGCAGCAGGAACAAGAGCAGCGGCAGGAAGAGGAGGGGGCCGGCGACGUGGUGGCGGUGGCGGUGGUCGCAUUGGUGCUCGCGGCAGCGAACGCGUCGGUGCUGACGCACAGCCGAUUGGACAGGCAAACGUCGGCCACCAACUGCUGCAGCGCAUGGGAUGGGAUCCUGGUCGCGGGCUGGGGCGGGACGGGAUGGGGAUGAAGGAGCCGAUAUCGGCCCACAUUCGCCGAGGACGAAAGGGAUUUGGCGGCGCAGCUUAGUGAUGGACGGUGCAGGGUAAAGUCAGGGAUUGAUGGGUGGAUAAUCUUGCAAGAAUGGGGCGGAUGGCUGUGCUGAAGGGUGGAUGAACGCGAUGGUGGUGUUGAUGAUGUAGUGGUUAUUGAAUCAGCUGGAGGAGUGGAUGGGUGGUUGAUGUUGUUUGGCUGUUGAGGAUUAGGCACGUGUCGCUUGUGCAGAUGCUGUUGCGGUUCACCACACACACAAAUGUACAUCACUGCUGUACCUUCGCUAUCACCCGUUGUACAGUGUAAUCCAUAUUCCUGACAUGGUGGUUGUGUUCUUUCUAUUUCGCCUUGUUGGUGUAACCGAGUCAAGCCGAUAGUCGUAAACGUAACUGCGAUGACCAAUUGCAGAGCGCAGAACAACGGC